UGCUGUGGAUACUGCAGCAUCUUGUGGUACAAUUCAGUCAUUCAGCAAUACCCUCACGAGAAUUACCUUGACAUUCGAAUGGAGUUUAUUAACCCAUGCACGUUUAUCAGUUCACAUGUGCCGCGCCGCGCCAGAGCAUGAAGAAGAAGCGCCCCAGUUCGGUUCCCCGGUAGAGGCGUCGAGCCCACCCCGCCCGCCCCUAGUGAGUCCCGCCCGCUUCACCUCCCAGGCCAGAGGCCCUAUCUCUGUCUGACUGUCUCUGCUUGCUCAUGUUUUGUGUUGACGCGCCUGCAAGUACGAGACAGCGAGCGGGACGAAGAAGAAACAAAACAUAACAGGGCCGUGCGUUCCUGCCGGAACUGGUGGCCGCCUGCCCCGCGCAAGAAGCUACCACGGCAGCAGCAGAAAGGAGGAGGAAGAGGCGUCGUCGUCUCGAGGAUCGCGCGCGCAAUGCCUCUGUCGCGGCAUACGGUCCGGAGCGAGUACGCGCUGGGCGGCCGCGACCUCUACCGCGGCGCCGACCAGCACGACCCGGAGGCCGUCCUCGAUGGCGCCGCCAUGGCCGGGCUCGUCGGCGUCCUCCGCCAGCUCGGCGACCUCGCCGAAUUCGCUGCACAGGUGUUCCACGGCCUGUACGACGAGGUGAUGAGCACGUCUGCGCGAGGGCACGGCCUCAUGCUCCGGGUGCAGCAGCUGGAGGCGGAGCUGCCGCUGCUAGAGGAAGACUCCUGCCAGAGAAACUACCUGCACGUCGUUGCCUCUAACAGGGGUGUCGACUGGCAUCCAAAUCCAAGGGUGGACCAUGGGGUUGUCGCAGGAGGCGACACGCCUCGCUUCAUCAUGGAGUCGGUCAAGCAGUGCCGCGGGCCGCCCAAGCUCUUCGUGCUUGACAAGUACGAUGUCGGUGGCGACGGGGCGUGCUUGAAGAGGUACACCGACCCGUCCUCCUUCAGGACGGGCUCCGCAUGUCCUACGACCUUGCUGCAGGAAGGAACUCGAGAUGAUAGAAGACCUCUGAGAGCCGUGGAGAUCAGUCCUAACCUUCAGAAUGCUGAGAUUUUCAGAUCCCCCAAUGCAGCCGACAAUUUCUCCAAACUGGAGACCGGUUCAUCGGCUGGAGCUCUGGAUGAAGUGCCCACAAACCGCAGACGACUCAAGUUCCGCCAGCUAAAUGGAUCCGUGUUUCAAAGCUUCAGACCGCUCAUGCAGAAUCUGCAUGAAAAGCCUUCAUCAGAGGAGAGACUCAUCACAGGCGACCACUCAAAAGUGCAUGUAUUUAUGGUUGAGUCACCUGAACCAGGUGCUGAAGAGAGAGAUGUCAUGGUAGACACGUCCGACAACAUGGAGAAAGGCAAGCUCACCGUUCGCAGGAAAAGAUCAGUUUCUGAAGAAGCACUGUCACGUUCGUCUGAUGCUCGGUCAGCAGGAAGCAGCAGGGGCGGCUACGACUCCGAACUGGAUAUCUACGUGGACGCAUUAACCACGAUGGAUUCUGAAGAUUUCAGUGCUCCGGAGUCUGGAGCAAGAGAGCAAGCUACUGAAGAAGAAGAAGAAGAGCAGAGAUGCAAUGGCAGUGUCACCAGUGCUGUAUCAAAUGGCACACGAGAUAUUACUAAGAAGACCAAGGAAGUCAAGGAGAACUCCAAGAAAAUAGCAAGCAAGAGGUCCAAGUAUGUUGGCAGCAUGGAGCUCACUGCUUCAAAAGUUGGCAUUCUGCCAAGGGAGCUCUCCGAGAAGCAUGCCCCUUUCUCUGGUUCCCUCCGGUACAUGGCGAAGCAACUCCUUGAACUGAGGUAUGAUGGCACUCAAGACAGCGAAUUAUAUGACGUUGAAGCAGACGGCGUGGGACGUGAUGUCAAGUACCAGGAAAUUUCUGACCAUGCUGUUGAAGCUAAGGAGAGUGAUGCUGUGCACAAAAUUCUGUCAGGUUCACCCUAUGAUGAUGCGGGUUUAGGAAAAUGCCCGCAGGAAGAAAUUAACCAUGGGCAGGAGCAUGAUGUUCCACCUACUGACAGUCCACAUGAUUCGGCCCCUGAUGAAGGAAAUGGGUUUCAGGACUCCAACAUGGCCUACUUGGUAGGCAUCAUCACAUCUUCCAGUUCCCAAGAGGGAGAAGGAUGUACAAGUACUGCACUGCAUGAGAAUUCAUCUAUGGCAGUGCUCAACCAUGUUUUGGAACAUGCUCAAGAGAGGUUUGGGGAAGAUCUUGACAAGGAAGUGGAUGUGGACAUUCAUACAGAAGCCAUUUCUGAGAAUACAUCUGAUAAGUGUGAGGACUUGAAAGAAGUCAGCAUUUACACGGAGCAGGUGAAUGUGGAAGAUAUGGAGGAAAUCAAUGAAUCUGAUGUAUAUGCGUUGGACGAUGAAAGAGCCGAGUACAUAGAACAGCAAGUAGUUUCAGAUGGUAGUAUCUCUUCACCGGUUUCAUCCAAGCAAUCGGAUGAUCCUUGCUGGAUAACUCCACUCACCCUCGCAGAUGAAGAUGAUACAGUGGCAUGUAAGGUCGUCGACAGACCUGAAGGGGAUCAUGUUAUAUUAUCAGAAACAUUCAAGGGCAUUGAUCUACCUAAUGUGGUAACUGAGUCAGUAAUCAACAGCAAACAUGACAUGCCAAAUAAUGGACAGUACUAUUUACAUCCAAAAGCUACUUUUGGACAAGAUCUGUGUCUUGGCAGCUAUAAGAUUGUUGGAGAAAAUGGGGAAGUUCCACUAUGCAGCUCAACCACUGCGACUACAACUCCAGAACUAACUGUAAACACAGAGACAAAGCAUGAGUUUCAUCAAGCUGUGUAUCAGGAACCAUCGAAUUCAUUCAAUAGCAGUGCUGAAGUUUUUGGAGAUCCACUAGCUCCCGACUCCAGAGAUGAUGCACCGUCAGUCAUCUCAAGCUUUGAUUGGAUGCUCAAUGGUGCAACGCAGAAGUCAUUCAAUAUCUUUCCUUCUCAUCCAACUAAUGGAAAUGCAGAAGAAAAUGGUUCUUCUGAAGAUGUGCCACCGCUUCCUCCUCUUCCACCGAUGCAGUGGCGAACAAACAAGAUACAGACUGGGCCAUCACCGUUAUCUGCGAAAAUUGGGAGACCACCAAGGCCAAAACCUUCAGUAAAACAACAACAAAGUGAAGCUUCUCAUGUUCUUCAGGAGAACAGUCUGCACAAAGGCUUGAGUUUGCAGAAUGAACUAGUGCAGGCAAAUAUUUCUAGUGACCAUGAGAAAAACCAAAUUCUUAACAUAGAUUUUCGUGAAAGUCAUCACCAGGAAGGAGAGGAGUAUGAUGCACAGGAUUCUAAUCCAUUUGCCUCGUCAGAAGUUGAAUGCUUGGCCGAAGUUGCUUCGGUAAAAAGUGAAAAUCUGCACCCAUUGCAGCUACCUGAGCUUAUAGUUGUUCUGGAAGAGGCAUGGUCAGAGUUCGGUAAUAUAAAAUUCAUGCCAGAACAAGAAGGAAAAUUCCAACUAAGCAAUGGACUUUCUGUUUGGAAUGACUUGUGCACUUCUGGUUUGUCAUCACAAAAGACCAGCGAGAAGCCUGAAUUUUUUGCAGAUUAUAAGGGAAAGGAAUUUUCAUUUGCAGGUAGUGACGAAGUUGCAGAUUCAGAAGAAAACAAACCAAAUGGUGCUGUUAAACAUCUGCAGAAUCCUGACUUGCCAGCACAACAGAAAGACGACAUACAUGAUUGUGAUGGCAAGGUAACAAAGUUUUCCUCUGCAUUAGAAGAGGACUCGUCACAAUCACCAACUCAUACAGUGUCAGGACCACCUAGAUAUCCUCUACUUCCUGUUACUUCUCACGACAGAAGCAUGAUAAGAAAGGCUCCAACUUUGGUUCAGCCUUCGAGUAUGCUUGCAGAUGAGAAGAACACACUACUGGAACAGAUAAAGAACAAGUCUUUCAACUUGAAGCCUGUUCUUGCAAAGAGACCAGAUGUAAUGGGUGGUCCAAAAACUAACUUACAAGUGGUGGCCAUUCUAGAGAGAGCUCAUGCGAUUCGCCAGGCUGUUGCUGAUGACGACGACGAUGAUAACUGGAGUGAGUAGCUGGCUCUUCCUAAGAGCAAGUUCGGCUUCUGAUGUUUAACAAGUGCUUGCGUCGAUCUAGAACUUUGUGUCCCUGUUCUUGCAUGGAGCAAAAGAUGGAAUGGAGCCAACUUACUAUAGGAUUUCAUGCCAAGACAGUUGGUCUGGACCAGGUGAUGUACAUGGAUGGGCAAGAAGGAGAAGGAUAGAAGCAACAUUGCAACUCCAAACAUAGUGUGUGUCUCUACUUAUACUAUCUGUAACGUUUCGAAGCGCGUCAAUGUUUAUUAUCAUUCAAUGCGCCUACUGAAAAUUUGACGUGCUUGGUGAGGAUUGUUAGAUUGUAUAUGCCUCCUAUUAGUAUUGUGAUUUUUGUAACUUGGUGAGUGUACAUAAAGAAGCAUGAUUUUUGAGUUGUUUUGAACAAAUCUAAAGUAGCUAGAGAAAGCAACUGUUGGAAA